GUUUCUGGAGAAGCUAAACCUCUUCAAUUUCACCGAUUUCAAUGGCAAUUGUCACCGGAGAUCGAUAUGUUGAGAAGCUACAGAAGUUUUUAGAAGACGAAGCUGAGUCUCUUCUAGAAGAAACUAUGAUUCUCAAGCUUAAUCCAGCUGGUCUUCACUAUCUUCAUCUCCGUCUUGAGUCUCUCCGUGAACUUGAACGCAUGCUCUCUGGUGCUCCUGUUGAUUACCUUCGCGCUUACGUUUCUGAUCUCGGUGACUACCGCGCACUCGAGCAACUCCGUCGUAUUCUCCGAAUCCUCACUUCACUUAAGGUCGUUUCCACGCUUCCUUCUCCGGCUCGUGAUCCUACACCGCUCUCUCUUAUUCCCUUUGGUAGGCUUAAGGUUUUGGAACUUCGUCGUUGUGAUUUGUCUACUUCUCCGGCUAAAGGCUUGCUUGAGCUCCGUCACACUUUGGAAAAGAUCAUCUGCCAUAAUUCAACUGAUGCUCUGCGGCAUGUGUUCGCUAGUAGGAUUGCUGAGAUAACGAAUUCGCCGGAAUGGAAUAAGUUGGCGGUCAUAUCUUGUGCUUGUAACCGUCUUGUGCUCAUGGAUGAGUCCUUGCAGCUUCUUCCAGCUGCUGAGUCGCUUGAUCUGAGUCGAAACAAGUUUGUGAAAGUGGAUAAUCUUCGGAGAUGCACCAAAUUGAAGCACCUUGAUCUCGGCUUCAAUCAUCUUAGAACAGUCUCUUACUUGAGUCAGGUAUCCUGUCAUCUUGUAAAACUUGUUUUGAGGAACAACGCUCUAACUACGUUGCGUGGGAUUGAGAACUUGAAGUCACUUGAAGGCCUUGAUGUUUCCUACAAUAUUAUUUCCAACUUUUCAGAAUUGGAGUUCCUUUGGAGUCUUUCAUUACUGAAAGAAUUGUGGCUGGAAGGAAACCCAGUGUGUUGUGCUCGAUGGUACAGGGCGCAUGUCUUCAGCUACAUUGCUCUUCCAGAUGAACUGAAGCUAGAUGGCAAACAGAUAGGAACUAGAGAAUUUUGGAAGAGGCAAAUCAUUGCCCAUAGGCAAAGUGAGCCUGCAAGCUACGGAUUCUAUUCUCCAGCUAGAGGGGAAGCUAAUGAAGAAGGAAGCUGUAAUAGAAAAAAGAAAAAGAUCUGUCGUCUCGCUUCAAUUGAUAGCGAAGCUGAGAGCACCUAUGUGAAUUCUGACCACGAGUCAGCUGCAUGUGAUCACGAGAACAAAGAGAAUAGUUCAAGGAGUGGAUGGAUCAUUCAACAGAGGAUUUUUGUCAGUAAAGAUGGCCAGGGUAUCAAUUUGGAAAAGAAGUACUAUACAAAGAUUAGAGAAAUCUCAAGGCAUCAUGGUGGAACACCGAGAUAUGCUUCUGGGUCUUUACGUGCUUCAAGAGCUAAGGGCUAUAGGAAAAGUUCAGAAUGCAAUGGCUCAUGUGUGGAUCAUAAAGCCGGUAGGGAUUAUAUGAAGUACAUUGAAGGUAAUGAGUCACAAAAGAUAACCGAUGACAUCUCUUCAUUAAGCCUUCAAAGUACAGAUCUAAAUCAGAAGCAUCAGGAAUGUUUACACCAUGAGAUGGAAUCUUUGUCAGUUGAACCAAACAACCUGUUACCUACAACACUUUUCAGGGAGAAGCUAGCUGAAAAUGGAAACAUGUCAACAUUGGAUAUAACCCAGCAUAUGACAGGAUCAACAUAUCCUGGGUCACCUCCUCAUUAUCAGAAAGAUGUCUUAUAUCGACGUCGUAACUUGGUGAAAGAAAUCUUGCAGUUGUCUGCAGAUUCUUAUUCAGUGGCAUCAUCUGAUAGCACAAGCAGCAGCAGUGAAGAUGAUAACUAUGACUCUGAAUCUGAGUAUUCAAAUCAUAAAGAGGGGCGGUUGACAGAGCUUCUUAAUGUGAAUAAACUUGGGAAGGAGAUUCUGGAAUGUGGACCAAAAGGAACAAGCUUUCUUGAUUUACAACCGGAGAAUGGUAGCACAAUAAAAACUUUGAGAACAGAUGAAUCAAUGAAGGAAAAUACCGCUAACUUUCUCUCUGGAUUGCAUAAUGGUGAACAUGGUGUUAACCAGACAGACCGUUUGGUUGCGAAAAGGAAACCUAUAAAACGAUUUGUUUCCUUCCAGAAAGAGGAAAGUUGCAUUACCAAUGGAGAGAUAUCUCUCAGGAGUGAUGCAGAAAUCAGUGAUUCUGGUGAAGAUGAGUGUAUUUCUGAUAAUUUUUGGGAGAAUUCCCUGUCAACGGUUUGUAGUAGCAGUAGUAAUAGGAGUAUCAAAUUUUUAGGGACUGAUAGAACACUUGAAGAAAAAAGCGAUUUAGUAGAGGAAUAUUUUUCAGCAAAACUGUCAGACUCCAGUUCUCAAGAAACUUGUAGGACGUACAUGAAUUGUGAUCUUAUACUACAGAAAGGUUCCACAUACAAGCAACGGGAAGCAGUGUUGCUGCUGACUAGCCAAGACAAGCUGUACGUGCUACUCAUGGGUGUGGCUACUGAUUAUGAAGGGAGUACCUUAAGUGUACUAUGUUCUCAUGAAAUCAAGGAUUUACAAGACGUAUCAGUUGGUCUAGGACUUCAGUUUGUGAGGCUACGCUUUUUGGAGGAUGUAGAAUACAUUUUUGUAACCAAGUGUAUUGAGAAAACAACAGAAUUACUCAAUAUCACACAAGUUUUCGAUUCCCAGGCUACAGAGUAUAAAUGUUCUUUGCAAAGUCUGGAGAAUAAUCAGGUGGACUUGUUUGAGAAAGAAAUAUGUGGAGGUUUGAAGCUGAGUAUAUUCCAGUACAAUGUUCUCCAUUUUCAGAGCACCACUCGUGGAGAAGUCUCAUGGCUUUUGCGGUCGCUAUUUGUGGCUGGUAGGCGUCUCUUUAUAUGCAAUGAGGACUUCACACAAUUAAGUUCUCGAAUAGCAUAUUCUUCUUCAGCUCCAUAUUUCUUGCUGGACUCGUGCUGCUCAAUUUCUGAUAUAUCUGAGACGAUCAUUGAUUUGCAAGGAAGUGUUGUGUCAUUAAAGAUCAAAGAGAAGAGAACAGUGGAUUUAGUUACAUGGAAGCUCAAGUGGUGCAGCAUAGAGAAUGCUCUUAAGUUUGCGGCUUUGCUCAAAGCUCUUCAUCCCAAUUCGCCACAAUGGCCAUUGGCUGUAAGAUACAGGAGAUAAGUCUUCGUUUACCUUUUCUUUUGUUUUUUUGACCGAUCACCUCUGUUUUCUAGUUAUGUAUAUACAACACACAUGCACAGCACAUUGUUCAUAUUCAUUUGAUUCAAUUUGUCUUUUGGGUUAAAAUCAUCUCUUUAACCCCUCUGUGUGAGCCCUUCUUUCCCUUUUUAAAACAUAGUAGAUUUGAUUUGGAGUCUUUGGUGCGUCGUAGGAACAUCUUGGAGUUUACAUAGUAACAAACAUUGGGGCAGGGUAACAAAAUCGGAAUUUGUAC